CAUCGGGCCGGGCUAUGGACUAUCAAUGAACAUCGGGCCUUCUUCUAAGCAACCCCGCCUAAAUCACGAACCCCCAUCUCUCUCUCUGUCUCUCUCUGUCUCUCUGUCUCUCGCUCUCAUCCUCCACUCUGCUUCUGCCUUCUUCAGAUAAUGGCGUCUCUGGUUCAGUCACCACCUUCCUUCUUCCGCUGCAUGCCCUCUCGCGCCACGUCGCUCUUCUUCGGCCAUUCCCUUCCCUUCAGUUGCGACCGGAGGGCGGGGGGAAGCGAUUUCUCACGUUCCGUCGGAUACUGCUCGAUCGAGCGCGGAGUCGCUAGGGCAAAGGAAUCGCCGUCCCCGAGCCCGGCCUCGCUGACGCGGGAGCCUCACAAGUACUUCGAUCAGGCGGUCAUCGCCGUGAGGUCGGGGGAUGGAGGUCACGGCGCGAUUCUAGGCAUGCCUGGCCAGGAGAGGGGCUCCGGCAAGCAGCGUGAGAAGGAUAAGGCGAAGAGGCGCGGCUCGUUUAAGAGGGACUUCGAUGGCUCGCUCAUGCUCCCGGUGGGUGGACACGGAGGCGACGUGGUGAUCUACGCGGACGAAGCCAAAGAUUCGCUGCUGGAGUUUCACGGGAAGAGCCGGCACAAUGCGAAGCGCGGCGGGAAUGUCGAUGCGAUGGGUGUUUUGACGUCUCAAUUGCACAAUGGAUUUGCUGCUCCUACUCUACGCAUUCCCGUGCCUGUAGGAACAGUUGUCAAACGUAAACGGGGGAAGUUGUUGGCGGAUUUGGCAAAUCCAGGCGAUGAAGUUCUUGUCGCAAGAGGUGGACAAGGAGGGAUUAGCCUGUUAGAAAUGCCUGAACAUAGAAGGAAGAAAUUGAUGAUGCUGACGACCAAUGUCAUGAGAGAUGACAGUGAUAAGGUUUUAGUUCUUGGUCAGCCUGGGGAAGAGGUUAGUUUGGAGUUGAUUCUACGUGUUGUAGCAGAUGUUGGUCUGGUGGGUCUUCCGAAUGCUGGCAAAUCAACUCUCUUGGCAGCCAUAACACGUGCAAAACCUGAUAUUGCUGAUUACCCAUUCACAACUUUGAUGCCAAACCUUGGGCGCCUCGAUGGUGACCCCAAUUUAGGUGCUGGGAAAUAUUCAUCUGAAGCAACAUUGGCAGAUCUGCCCGGGCUUAUAGAAGGGGCCCACCUUGGGAAGGGACUCGGUCGCAACUUCUUAAGGCAUCUCAGGAGAACUCGGCUACUAGUCCAUGUAGUUGAUGCAGCAGCUGAGGACCCGGUGAAUGACUACAGAACUGUCAAAGAGGAAUUGCGGAUGUACAAUCCUGACUACCUGGAACGACCAUAUAUUGUGGUUUUAAAUAAAAUUGACCUUCCUGAGGCUGGGGAUAGAGUUUCAUAUUUGACUCAAAAGAUACUAGAAAUUGGUUCUGAAAGGAAGCCACCCAAGUCAGAAAUGAGGUCUAGCUCUUCUGACAAUGUAAACGAGGAAAGUCUUUCUUCACAAGUUUCUGAUGUCAGAAGGGAUAGAGAAAUUGAGGACUAUCCAGGCCCUCUUGCUGUUGUAGCCAUCAGUGUCCUCAAAGCCAUCAGAAUAGGUGAGAUGUUGGAUGAGAUAAGGGCGGCUUUAAGGAAGUGCAAUGAGCUCAAUGAACCCUUGGAACUAGCUUUGAGAUCAUGAGGGUAAUGGGGUUGCCAAUCCUACAGGUGUUUCUUUAACCGUGUUUUGAGCUAGAAUGCAUUAAGGUGGUAGGCUUUUUUGGCCAUCUGUACCUGCAGACACGGUAAAAUUGGGAUGCCACAUCUAGCAACAACUGAGCCAGCUACGGCUCGAUGAAAAUCAGGAACCGGUUUAGUCCAUUGUCGUUUGCUCGAGACGUGUCAUGGGACUAUUUAGAUCGGUCGUGAUCUCGAGGAGUUUUUCGUCAAUCAACAGUGGCAGACGAGGUGGUUGAGGAAUUUAUUCACAUCGCGUCAACGAUGCCGUCACCCCAACGCAUAACACGGUAACUCCAGUUUGAUCUUUUCUCGACUUGUCUAGCGUCUAGCGUCCUCCUUUAAUCGGUUUUAUCCCUGCACAAUUUGUACUCGGCUCACUCUAUAGAAUGCUCAUCAGCAGCUUGAAGUAGCUUUUCUUUACCUGGUGCUUAAUUUUCUUCUACAUUGAUAGCGUUGUGACUAGAAGAGAUUUGACAAUGCACUA